CUUUGACCAGAGGAUUGGUGAUUGGAGACUUCCUGGGUCAAACUUUGAAAAUAUUUGUACUAAACAGACAGUUUCAUUCUAUCGUAUUUGUUCGCAUGGACUAACCAAGGUUCCGUCGGUUCAAUAUUGGAUCAGAUCAAUGUCACAUUAAUAUGAAAGACAAUUUGGCAGCAGGGCUAUUGUUUCAAAUAUAAACAAAGGGAAUUUACAAGUACUACCCAAAAGACACAGUAUGGUUGACUAACAAGUUGUGUUUGCCAGACUGUAUUAUCUAGUAGUGAAAUCUACGAUGUAUUUUAGUUUCAGAACGAUAUCAUGUUGUGUUAACUGUCAAACUGAAACUGAAAUGUCAACAUAACCUAAAAAGCAAAAACAAAGUGUUUAUUAUUUUCUCAGUAAAAAGCAAAAUAUUUAACGAUAAUGGAGAAUGAAGGCCUAAGCCGAGAGUUGCUUUGUAUUCAAUUUCCUGGGAUUGUGAAAAACGAAGAAAAAGCAGUAGAAUGCUUAGGAGGCAUCAGAAAUAUUUCCGAGGUUGUAGCUCAACCAAACAAAAAGCGACUGGGCUUGAAUUUUCAGCCUCAAAAUCCGUUCAUAAAGAAAGUUUAUGGUGACAACAAGAGAACAGCCGGUGUGCUUCUAAAGCUUAAAGUGAAGAAAACUAAGGUCGGGAAUGAAGUGAAGAAGGAGGUCGUAGAGACCUCAGUUGUGGGGCAGGUCAAGAGGAUUUAUAAAUUUGAUUCUAUGUGUGAUUUCCAAUAUUUACCUGUGCGAACAGAGGGAGACAGUGCCGAGUGCCUGAUAGAUGAAAUAAUACCCUCAGGAACAGAUGACAUUAGUUUCAUGAUGGAGAAGUCUUCUUUGUUUGUGGUCCCCGCCAACUUCACAAGGUCCGACAAGCCCAUAAACUAUUCCUACUCCGACAAGAGGUAUCCCAACAGAAAAGAGGACACUCAAGAGAAAGACUCAGAUAAAGAUGACUUCCACAGCAAGAGGAGAACUGAGCGAGGGAUUGGCAUGGCUCACUAUAGUUUCAAUUUGACGGAGAGUCUGCCCACUGAACCUCAUGAGGCUUAUGUGAAGCAGCAACAGCUGAGGCUGUCUGUUUAUCCUACACUAAAGCAGGAGAUAGAAAUUAUACACAAGUUGUUUGAAGAAAGACCAAUCUGGUCUCAGAACUUGCUGAGAUACCACACGAAAUUGAAAAUUACCUCUUUAAAAGUGAUUUUGCCGUGUGUUGCCAUAUAUAUGAAGGAUGGGCCUUGGAGGAUGCAAUGGGUCAAAUACGGCUAUGACCCUAGAAAGAACCCUGAAGCAAGAAUGUAUCAGACCUUGGAUUUUAGGUUGAGGCAUCACGCUGGCGUAUACUCCAUGGUGAGCACUCGCGACCAAGUGGUCCACUACAAGAAGAACGACCGCGUGCGACCCAACACGCGUACCGAGGAGAGCACCCCCGAGGAGCUGCCAGAGGGCGCUGUGUACUUCCGCCCGGGCAUGGCGCCCGCGCAGCGCCAGAUCUUCUACCAGUACUGCGAUGUGAAGCUACCUGAAGUGGAAGCUUUGCUGGCUGUCCCGCCUGCGACAUUGCUGUGCCACGCGCGGCGCGGCUGGCUGCCGCCCGGCACCGACCACGCUUGCCGCGACCACAUCUUUAGAUACGUCAAGAAGACGUUGCUCGCCACGCAUAGCGCCGAUCUGAAGCUGGAACAAGCUAGCAGCGACGAUGAAGGGAACUUUGAUGACGCCAGUGCCAGCGUCACGGAAAACGAUGAGCCUUCCACUUCGAAUACAUAAUGUACAUCCAAUACUGUGUUUUUUAUUCUAAAUAUAAACCACUUUAAACUUUAGGAAAACAGGAAAUGAACUGAAGU